ACCACGUCGUCUCGGUGCCUGGCUGCCGGCGCCUUCGGAGGCUGGGGCGGGAGCCGCUCUAGGUGUCACCCGGCUUCCGGGCCGGCUGCGCGCGCGAUGGAGGCCGGGUGCUGGGUGCUCGGCGGCGAAUUUGAGGACUCGGUGUUCGAGCAGAGGCCGGAGCGGCGGCCCGAGCCGCCCGCGCCCUACGGCGCCAAGUUCUGCGAGCCGCAGUGGUUCUAUGGAGAGACGGAAAGUGGUGAUGAUGUGGAGGUUCUCACUCUCAAGAAAUUCAGAGGGGACCUGGCCUACAGACGACAGGAAUACGAGAGAGCCCUGCAGGAGUACGCCAGUGUCUCUGAGCAGCUGCCGUCUACCAACGUCGCCAUGAGAAGGGAUGUCCAAGAAGGCCAGGCUCGGUGUCUAGCUCACCUGGGGAGACACAAGGAAGCGCUGGAGAUUGCAGCAAACUUGGAAAAUAAAGCAACCAACACAGACCAUCUCUCCACGGUGCUCUACCUCCACUUGGCUAUCUUUUCAAGUUUGAGGAGCUUGGAGAAGACAAUUCUGUGCUUGCAAAAGCUGAUUUCCCUGCACCCUCUGAACCCUUGGAGCUGGUGGAGAUUGGCAGAGGCCUACCUGAGUCCAGGGCCAGGCCUGCCAGCAUUGAGUACGGCAUCUUGGGGACAGACGAGUGUCACCUCAAACAACAAAGCUGUCGGUUCCCCCGUUGCACACUCUGGAGCCACCUUGCCUGAGACUGCAGUGUUUUCCAUGGAAGCCAGUGGUGGUAAUAUCCAGAAGGCUGAGACGGUUCCAGAAACUACGCAGAACUGUCUGACGGAACGGAGAGACGCAGCGUGGAGGGAGACGCGGCUGAAAGCCUGUGCCUGUCUGAUCCGAACCAGGCUCUUGCUUCAGCUCACCCAAUCUCAGCAAACGUCGUUUGCUUUGGAGAGGAACUUGAGGACUCAGCAGGAGAUUUCCGAGAAGGUGAAGGAGCUCAGCCUCCCCGAAGGUGCUGUGCUGUUGAUGGAGGAGGCUAUGGGGGAAGAUAUUACCCCAGAAAAAAUAAAAGAUGAAGCUCAUUCAGAGGUGAAGUGUGUCGGCCCCGCAGCCCUGACUGCCUUGGUGACCGCAUCCUCCAAAGAAUUUGAAGACAAGUGGUUCGGAGAGAUCAAAGACCGUCUCUGUCCCUCGGGAAAUCAGUCCCACAAGGAGGCCCCGAUCGUGGCUUAGGAAAGCAUGCCAGGACCCAAGCGUCUGGUACUGUAUUGUCCUUGUCUACCGUGGACGAGGUCUGUGCAGUCACUGAAACUGAAGUACAGAUGAUUCUUUAUAUUGUUUAUAAAAACCUCUCUCCCAGGUUAUUGCAA